AUGACGCAAGUUGGAUAUUUCGAAUCUCCGGUUGGACUUUACGAGGUCACUGCUGAUAACGAUGGCGUAACGAGCAUCAAGCUUCUAGGAACGACUUCAGCUCCUACGAAAAACGCGCCAAAAGGUAGUAUGAAAGGCGAGCAUGCUGGUUCGCCGAGCUCUCAACACAUCGAGAACUGUAUCGCUUGGUUAGAUGCCUACUUUUCUAAUUCUUCUUCUCUGGGGGAAGUUAAACUACCAGCGCUCAAUACACGAGGCUACGAAAACAAGCCAUUUUGCCGUAAAGUGUGGCAGAUUCUUAAAGAUCACGUGAAAGCUGGGGACACGGUGACGUACGGAGAACUAGCCAAUAUGGCGGGAAAUCCCAAGGGAGCUAGAGCAGUCGGAAUGGCCAUGAAGACAAACCCAAUCCCUAUUAUCAUACCGUGCCACAGGGUUGUGAAGAGUGGAGGAGAUCUUGGAAAUUACAGCUCGUACAAUGGAGUUGCUACCAAAAAAUGGCUCCUACAGCAUGAAAAUGCUAUUAUUAAAGGAAACUGA